AUGUCUGGCUUUGAAUCUCAAGACCCUAGGUUGAUCAGACUUAUAGCUUUAGCAUCUCAAAAGUUUCUCUCCGACAUAGCAAAUGAUGCUCUACAACAUUGCAAAAUGAGAACAUCCAGCCAAAUAGUACAAAGCAAGAACCAGAAAGGACCAAAAGAAAAGAAAUAUGUUAUGACAAUGGAAGACUUAGUGCCCGCGUUACAGGAAUAUGGAAUUAUUGCAAAGAAACCGCACUACUUUGUGUGA